UUCAGCCGUCAAAAAUCCCCCACCAAAUCUCAACCUCCAAUCUUCCACAAUGUCGUUGUCUUCGCCUUCCCUCCUCUCCUCGCCGCUCCCAUCCCCGGCCACCGUCCUCUCCAAGAAGCCGGCGUCCCUGCGCGCCGUCCCCUCCGGGACCGCGAGGCGCGGGGUUCGGGUUGUGGCAGCCGCGGCGGCCGCAGCGCCGCCGGUUUCCGCGGCGUCGCGGGCGCGGCCGUCGGCAGCGGAGGUAGCGCGGACGGUUGUGGAGCUGGCCCCGUCCGGGACGCUCUCCGUGGUGGGCCCCGACGGCUGGCCGCUCGGAGUCGGCGCGCGCUUCGUCGCGGAUGCCGCCGGUGCGCCCGCGCUCUGCCUGGCCGCCGCGGAGGUCGCCGUGCCCGAUGCGCCGUCCAGCUUCCAUGUCGAGUUUCGGCAGAGUGGGGCUAGGACACCACAGUGCACUAUGCUUGGUGCCUUAACUAAGCCUAGUGAUGAGUCGGUGUUGAAGAAGCUUUCCACUAGGUGGCAAAAGAAAUUCGGGGAAGAGAUUGAUCAAGAUCUUCUGUAUUUAAUAUCUGUUGAUCGGGUCUUGCACAUGGAAGAUUUCAAUGAGGACGGUAUGUGGGUAGUUCCAUCGGAGUACACCAGUGCAGAACCUGAUCCUCUACGUAAUUCUGCUGAAGACUUUGUGGAGGAAUUUAACAGCAAACAUGCUGAAGAUGUCCAUAGGAUAUACAGCAUAUACGUCGAAUCCGAUUUGCAGGAUCAGCUUUUAGGCAAUGUGAAAUGUACUGGUUCUGUCAGCUCAAAAUAAUCAGUGAACCGCUCUUAUCACCUAUUGUAGUUUUAUUUGUAGGGUGUAUUUGGAUAGAGAGGGUGUGCAUCCAAAUCCUUAGCAUUUGGUUCAAAUUUGAACAGAGUUCCAAAAAUGUGUAGAGCAGCCGGGGUUUUUUCAAACAGGGUCAGGGUCUAUAUUCAAAAUUGGCGCUUAGGAAUUCAUAUUGUCCUGUGGUGACAGGUGGCAGAUGUGAAGAUGAUAUGGGUUGAUAGGUUAGGUUUCGACUUGCAUGUUCAUUCUGGGGAAGGUGUCUUUGCUGUUCGGAUCCCUUUUUCAAGAGACGUCUCUGACGAAAAGGGAGUGAAAUCAUCGUUCAACAUGAUGUCUCAUCAUGCGUGGGAGGUAGAGAAGAGUUAUGCCAGUCCCGAGUUUGAGAAGGUACAGUUCUUGAAGAAGGUCAGAUAGGCUGUGUGAGUUCUAUUUCCAGGCGAUUAUUUUGUCAUUCAGAUGAGUGGUGAGAGGUUGGUUCCUCUUAACAUGUGCAAUGUGUCUUGUGUGUAUUGUGUUCAUUUUUUUUAUCACAUGUAUAUUCGAUGCAAUUGGCAUCAUGAGCUAUGUGCUAGCAAUUUGUCUGAUAAGAGCAAUGAAUUUUGGUGGUAAGGUUAGCAAGAAUAAAUCUGGACCAUGGGAUGAGGGCUGGAAUUAUGCCACAUGAUAACCAUGGUUUCUGGCAUGAUUAUUACUAUUUGAUUGUGGCCUUGUAAUGUGAAGCUCGGUUUUAACUUGUAACUCAGAGAGUUCACCGCAUAUCAGCUAAAGUGUCUGAUUACUGCUGAAAUGGUUGAUGCAAUUUUA